AUGCACUCGCCCUCAACUCAACUUCUCCGUGCUUUACGGACGUCGCUCGUGAGCGCGCACUCUCGCAACUCACUGCGCGGCGCUGUUCGACGAUCCCCGAUCGCCGUCACAACCUUCAAAACACCUUCUUCGGUGCGCAACAACAGCUCAAAAAUCCAGCCCGUCCGCAUGGUUCCACGGUCGCAUACACACAAGCCCACCAGCUAUGAUCGUGGUCCAGAGUCACAGGAAGAUACGGUGACCGAUUUCGGCGCCCUCGAUGUCCUCGGCAACACACCCGUGCCCAGCACAGCUAUUGACGCAUGUUUGGACUCUGGUUUCCAUCUCAACAGCGGCGUGAAAAUUACGGGCGGAGAUGCUCUGCUCCUUGUCGGUGGUGAGGCAUUUGCCUGGAGACCUUGGAGGGCCGUCGAGGGUGCGGAAAAUGAACAAAUUGCCAAAGCGUCUAUGAUCAAUGCGAAAGGUCAAUUCGAACUCGAUGAGCAAGUUUGGGGGUUGUUGAGCCUCGUGUGGCCACGUCCCGAUAUGCUCAUUCUUGGCAUGGGUGCCGGCAUUUAUCCUCUGUCACCGGAAACGAAGCGCCAUAUUAAUUCUCUGGGUAUCCGUGUUGAUGUUCAGGACACGAGAAACGCAGCUGCUCAGUUCAAUCUCUUGGCUACAGAGCGUGGUGUGUCCGAGAUUGCAGCGGCGUUGAUUCCCAUCGGGUGGAAAGGACGAUCCUAA